UUGUUAUCUUCCGGACGUGAGACGCCAAAUCGUCUUUCACCAAAAGCUGGAAGAGCCGGCCCAUGUUUCUUUGGAGAUAGUUUUUAAACUACCGUUGUUGCUCUGACUGUAGUUCGCAACCAUCAUGGCUGGGGACUCGGCAGACGAAUGUGCUCCUCUGCUCCGUGGGAAUACGGGGGAUCCUGAUGCACAUCCCUCUGGGGCGUGCUCUAUUUGUUCGAAGGGGAAGCCCAAAGUCUCGUCAUAUGAAAAUCCGUCGGAAUCCACACCCCUUCUCGCUGAUGGAGCAAGUCAAGAAAUCCGAUAUUUGGGGGAUGUUGGCUGUCCACCAUCGUCCUCCCAUGAAUCAUCUUCAGUCCGGUCGUCCACAAAACAGGGAAAGAGAUGGAUCGCCCGACCUUCAUCUGUCGCACUGCUAGGCCUUGUGUUGACGAUAAUAGCAGUUCUUGGGCUAGGCUUUGCGAGCCCAACUAUUAUCAAACAAUAUACUGAGAGCGCCUCGGUUUUUAAGGCGACUGAUGUGUCCGUCAAUUCGUUUACACCGGAUGGAGUGCAGGCCAGAGUUCAGGGCUCCUUUGUUCUCGAUGCGUCACGGGUGCCAACGAAAUUUGUACGUGAUCUUGGGCGCUUUGGAACGUGGUUAGUAAGAGAGAUCAAAAGCGACCAGACUGAAGUCCAAGUUUAUCUUCCGGAGUACGGCAACAUCUUGCUGGCAACUGCGACCAUACCACCACUGAGAGUCAGUAUCCGUGAUGGGUACACAAAUAAGAUCGAUUUUAUAACGGACUUGAGACCUGGAGAUAUGGCUGGAGUUCGAGCUGUGGCGAACGACUGGCUCCAAGGCCGCCUUGGCCAGCUGCGCGUUAAAGGAGUGGCUACAGUGCGUCUGAGUUCCGGAGUAUUAUAUCUCGGAUCUCAGACUGUUGUGGAGUCGUUUGUUUUCCAAGACCAAGCCCGCCACGGUUUCCCUAAGUUCAACAUCACGAAGUUGGACUUUCAUGAAGUCGCGACACCAGAACAUCAAAAAGCCAUGGAGGUGGACGUUUCAGUGCUUGUCAUCAAUCGGUAUCCGGUCAGGCUCACUAUGCCACCGAUGGGCUUCAAAAUUUCUCUACCAAACUGUUCUCCUAGCGACGCCUAUAUUCUAGUAGCUAAUGCUACAACGGACCCAGUUCAAAUCGUCCCUAAUAAGCCCGUGAAUAUCUCUGCGAAAGGUCUCAUUGGUCAACUUUCCGAUGCCUUGACGACUGUUUGUCCUGGUACCAACUUUUCACCUUUAGAUCUUCUAGUUGAAAACUAUAUCAGUGGGCAAGAAUCGAAAAUUUACAUUGGCGGAGGAAAAUCUCCUUCAUCUAAUUUGCCAAGUUGGAUAGAAGGCUUUCUGAGAAACGUUACUGUUCCUGUACCUUUUGCAGGCCGUGCGCUUGGUCAUUUAGUUCGAAACUUUUCAAUGACCAACGUUCAUUUCUCCCUACCAGACUCGCUCGCUAAACCUAAUACACCUGAAGCACAGCCUAUGGUUUCCGCGUUGGUCAAAGCGGUAAUCGGUCUUCCCAGAGGGAUGAACUUUUCGUUAGAUGUCUCUCACGUUCGGUCCACGGCAUAUAUUUACUAUGAAGGAAAAGAGCUUGGUUUCAUAAAUAUAAAGAAGUGGCAAAAUUCUACCGCAACUCGAAUCGAGGACGGGCAGCCUCCGUCUGCAGCGUUACUACUCCAAUUUGAUGUCAAGAAGGCGCCAUUGCAAGUCACCGAUGAGAGCACUUUUUUGAGCGUCGUCCAGGCUUUACUACUCGAGCGCAAACCUGUUCGUUUACAUGUAAAAGCAAAGGUGGAUGCAGAAACAGAUACUGCUAUUGGGAAAUUCAUAAUCCGAGAGAUUCCAGCCAGUAGUAAUAUUACUGUGAAGCCGCCCAUGAGCGGAGGAUUUUCGGACUUCAAGGCUACUGUGGAGACCAUAGAAGUAGUAGAAACUACAGAGUCAUCUAUUCUUCUUGGAUCAAAAUUGAAAUUCACAAAUCCAACUGAGUAUUCAGCGGACAUCCCUUUCAUAAAUUUGCGAGUUGCGCACAACGGAACCAACGUUGGCCACGUGACUGCUCGAAACCUUUCGAUAUCACCAGGAUUGAAUUCCGGUAUUGAAAUAUUUGCUCUCUGGGAUCCAUUGCAGCUUGGUGGGAAGGAUGGAAUUGCUGCUGGCCAAGACCUGAUUUCUCGUUUUGUUUCAGGAUUCAAUACUUCCAUCGCCCUUAAGCCACAUCGAGACAUGAUUCCCGUUCUCCCUAACUUAGGGUUGGCAUUAUCGUCUCUGGAGCUGGACAUUCCGGUUCCCAAGCUUGGGCCACCAGAGGAUGAUGGUCAACCACACUUCAUUAAAGAUGCAACGUUGUACUUGUGGUCUUCGACUGCGGUAUUCACCUUGGCUUCACCACUCUCGUCUACGACACUUCUCAUUACCUCCAUUGAUGCAACAGCGUUCUACAAUCAUAGUGAGCCGGUAGGAAAGAUCAAGUAUGACCAUCCAUUUAGGGUUCCGCCUGGGACUUCCCAAACACCCCGGCUGCCGGUGGAGCUGGAUCUUAGCGGCGCAGGAUACGAAGCAAUCCGCGAGGCAUUAGGAGGGACAUUAAAAAUGGAUGCCGUCGCUGACGUCGACGUGCAGCUUGGAAACUAUUCGAAUACAGUGUUCUACAAAGGAAAAGGGAUCGGCGCGAAGAUACGGAUAUAGAUCAAGGUUUCCUCAGCAUACGAAAAGGAUUUUCUGGGAUAAUCUCGCUGGUUUCUCCUUAUCUUUUAUGGAGUAAUAUGUUGGAGUUUUGAGGUUAAAAUGUCUCGAGUGUGUCGGGAAGGGCACUUCCAGGGGAUUUCAUUGGCGUUUAGAUGUGUUUUCUGGAGGAUAACUCCGUAAAGCUUUCAUUACUCUUUGACUUUUUUUUGGGCGUUGCAUAUCCGUACGUUGGGUGUGUUUUAAUACUUUUUGUCAAUAGGCACUUAAAGAACUCUUUCUCGCCAUUCGCCACCUAGCCAUUAUUUAUCUUAUGCUUU